CCAUUAAUUGUGCCUAUAAGGUCAUGUCAAGCGAAGUUGGAGAUCAGCUCCGUCAAAAUUUGAGGAGAUUGAUUCAUAUAUUUCGUAGCAACAUCAAUUUACCUUCAAAUAUGUUAUUACCUUCCGAUAGUGCGAUUCAAAGUAUCUUAACUCCGGGUAAUGAUAACGCGGUUAGAUUGAGUCGCGUAAUUCAAGAAGCCGGAUAUAAUGUAAAACCAAUUCGUUCACCAACUGUUCCAAAUGGUAAAGAACGUGUUAGAAUUUGCAUACAUGCCGAUAAUACCGAAGAACAAAUUCACGGAAUUAUAAAUGUUAUUGAAAAUUAUUUCAAAAAUCAAAACGUUACCAAUGAAUUGAAUAAGGAUAAUGACACCUUUACAAAUAAUUAUCAAAUUGCAUCAAAACUUUAA